AUGAAUGUACUCGUCAUCUACGAAAAAAUAAUUCUGUUCCCGAAGGAAAAUUUGAGCGAAGCAAAUCAGUUCUAUACAUAUUUCUACGCACCUUUUGCAAAGAAGGUUACUUUUUUUACUCGCCCCUUUUGGGUAAACAGAAAAAUGGGCUCCUUUGAAGAGGCGACUCACUAUGAGAGCAGAUACACCCAAUAUCAUGUCAUAGUAAAUGCCAUCAAAUUAUUCCUUUUAAAAAAGUAUUCGCAAAAUUGGAGUCCAUCCAUCCACCGUUGGAACAUUGUUGAGUGUCUCGGGCAGAAUAAUCCGUCUUACCUGAGCUUUGCCCAGGGAGGCCGCAGAGAUUCAAAUAAUGACACAACACAGGUGGGACGAAACACGUCUCAGAAAAAGACAAAUGUCAACAGUUCAAAUGGUGAGUCUCAGUUAGACGGAGACCACUCGCAGGUUACGCCAUAUGACGAAACAGAGAAAAUGCCACAAGAUGCAGAAUCCCACUUGUCUGAGAGGGGCCCUGUCGCCAUCCAUUACUGGAAGAAGAUGAAGAAGAACAAAACGAACACCCUCCACUACAACAUAGACCCAUCGGCCAAAACGAAAAAGAUUCAAAUCUACUAUAACUCCGAAAUGACAGACAUGGAAAGAAAAAUUUGUAAAAUUAAAAAAUUUUUGCGAAAUGGAAAUCCCGUAGACAUCCUUCUAAUUUGUGACAGCCACAGCCAAAGCGACAGCAAGGUCACCCAAAAGGGAGGGGUGGGGGAAAAGAAAAAAAGAAAUAAAAAGUCUCGGGAGAGUACUUCCGAAGGUGGACCCACUUCGAUAUGCAAAGUUAGAAAUAACAUUACUAACUCUGCUCUGUCGCUGCAGCUAAGUGAAGCCAAGUCUUCCCAACACGUGAACGUCCGAAUGAAUUUCCUGAUGAGGCAUUUGGCUAAAAUUGCAAUCGUGGAGGAAACGUUUUGGCAUGUCCAGAAUGGAAAGCGCGUCAUUCUGAUCAAGCUCUAUCCGAGACCACUUUGGAAUUGCUCUACGGAAGGGUGUGCAGGGAACAGGAGGGUAUCUACUGCCUCAUUCCCCAACGCAGCAGAUAAACAGGUCGAAGACAAACGAGUGGAAGACAAACUAGUGGAAGACAAACGAGUGGAAGACAAACGAGUGGAAAACAAACGAGUGGAAGACAAACGAGUGGAAAACAAACGAGUGGAAGGAAAACGAGCGGAAGAGAAACGGGCGGCAGACAAAUGGGCGAAAGACGCAACUGUACAGUAA